GUUUGUUUGGGAUUCAAACCCAUCAUCAACACUCGACGUUCCCUUCUUCCUUCUUCCUUCAUCGUCCUAAUCUCCAACUCGCACCGAAACCAAACAUAAACUUCUUCUUCUUCAUCACUCUCACUAAAAGACGUCGUUUUUUUACCUCUAAGCCAUGUCGUACGACUACCUCUUCAAGUACAUCAUCAUUGGCGACACAGGUGUAGGGAAAUCAUGUCUGCUCCUUCAAUUCACCGACAAGAGGUUCCAACCCGUUCAUGAUCUCACCAUUGGUGUUGAGUUUGGCGCUCGCAUGGUCACCGUCGAUGGCCGACCCAUUAAGCUUCAGAUAUGGGAUACGGCUGGGCAAGAGUCUUUUAGAUCCAUCACUAGAUCUUACUACCGAGGAGCAGCGGGGGCACUUCUAGUUUAUGACAUUACAAGGAGAGAGACAUUUAAUCAUUUAGCAAGUUGGCUAGAAGAUGCUCGGCAGCAUGCCAAUCCUAACAUGUCAAUCAUGCUCAUAGGGAACAAAAGUGAUCUGUCUCACCGAAGGGCAGUGAGCAAAGAGGAGGGCGAGCAAUUUGCGAAGGAAAAUGGACUUUUAUUCUUGGAGGCUUCUGCCAGGACAGCUCAAAAUGUGGAAGAGGCUUUUAUAAGGACUGCUGCAAAGAUUCUUCAGAAUAUUCAGGAAGGUGUCUUUGAUGUGUCCAAUGAGUCAUCUGGUAUAAAAGUUGGCUAUGGACGUCCCCAAGGUCAACCAGGUGCCAGAGAAGGAACUGUUUCUGCAAGAGGUGGGUGUUGCAGCUGAUUGAGAGGAAAAACAAUUCUGAAACUAAUCCUUUUGUGAAUCUAUUUCUAGCAUUCCCUGUCUCAACCGAGUGUAUACUCUUAGACUUGACAUGGAACUUUUGGAUAACACUACAGUUACAUGUAUAGGUCUAAUCUCAAAGGCAUUCUUGUGACAGAUUUGACUACAUAGUUGUUAAGAUCUACUAAAUGUUUUAAAUGAUUGCCUGUGUUGUGUUAAAUUCCACUAUGAAAUUGUUUAAU